GGCAUCGCUGGUAGUUUCACUUUCUAUCUGAAGAUAAAAUCAAGUUGUACCCUAGUUAAAGCAUCAUUUCUUGCUGUGUUUUUAUAGACUCAGACUCAGGUUGGGAUCUCGAGACAACUGAAGAAACCUUCAUAAUCAAAAUGGAAGCUUCAGCCUGGCAAACCAAGUUAUCGUCCUUCAAAGAACGUCAUCUGUACGCCUACAACAAGUCCUUGUUCUGUGAUGUAGAAUUGUCUGUGAUGGAUGCUAAUGGCGAAAAAGUCACUAUUCCAGCACACAAGUACGUCCUGGCUAUCAGUAGUCCUGUCUUUGAGACCAUGUUCUACGGGGAAUCAGCAGAGACUGGACGAACUAUCGAUCUACCAGACUGUACCAAGGAAGGACUACAAGAAAUGCUUCUAUACGUGUACUCAGACGAGGUCAACAUAACCGGAAGUAAUGUUUUGGAUGUUCUCUAUUUAGCAGAGAGAUAUAUGCUGCCAUUCCUGAAGGAGAAAUGUGAGGAAUAUCUUGAAAAGGAUCUUAAACCAGAAGACGUGUUUCACGUAUUACCACAGAUACGUAACGAGAAGGUUGAACAGAAGUGCUGGGAUAUGGUGGAUAGCGAUGCUGAAAGAGCUGUGUCUUCUGAAUCAUUUCUGAACGUUUCAAGGGAAAUGUUGUGCGAAGUGCUUGGUAGGGACACUAUGUCCAUUGAUGAAGUGGUUUUAUUCCAAGCAGUGGAAAAAUGGGCCUUGAAUAAACUCACAGAAGAAGGUUUGGGAGAGAGCAUGGAGAAUAAGAGAGCAGUACUUGGGGAAGAAGUGAUCAAACUUAUUCGAUUUCCACUGAUGUCACAGAAGAAGUUUGCAGAGAAGGUACUUCCGAGUGGGAUUCUGACAAUGGAUGAAGUGACUCAAUUGGUUCAGAUUUUUAACGAUUUAUGGCCCUUAAGAGCAUCAUUCAACAAUACGAAAAGAGGGAGAUAUGAAGUCUUCAUGCCAAAUACACGUUUGCAAAUGAUAAUAAGCCCUUGUAAUGGCCAUUGGUCAUACUCUAGUCUGUCAAUUGAUGCAAUUGAUUUCAAGGUCAACAAACCACUCUUCCUUGUUGGUGUGAGACUAUUCGGGGCUGAAGAUUGUUCAUACGAAGUUAACCUGGCCUUAUACAAGAGUGCUCAACUAAUACAGCAGAUUUGCUCCACCUUCCCAACUGAAGAUGAGGAGACAUAUGGUUAUUAUGGAUUUACCAUUCAUCUUGACGAGCCUGUUCCCUUAGACCCAGACGUUGUCUACACUAUCGAAGCUACCAUAUCUGGACCAGACUCCUAUUAUGGUUUACAGGGUAGAACUACUAUUGCAUUUGAAGAUGUUGUCAUUACAUAUCUGGGCAAGAGGAAACGAAGCAAUGGCACUUCGUCAAAAAAGGGUCAAUUUCCUUCACUAGUUUUUAGAAGGCGUCAGAAAUAACGCCAUUUUAUUAUUUUUUGUUAUUUCUAUCACUUCGUUCAUUUUUGAAUGUUUCGUAUUAGAUGGUCACUAUAUAAAGAGAAGGCAAUGCGAUCGUUUAGCCUUUCAGUUAGUCAUAGAGACAGUAAAACCGUAGAUCAGUCAGUGUAUUCUAUAAAUUCUAAUUCUAAUGUUGAAAACGAUGUAUGAAUAAAUGGAUGGACGGACGGA